UCCAGUCCCCACUAAAGGUAUUUUCAUUUCCCUUCAUCGUUGUGUGUGUGCAACUGCAGCUGCGAAACAAAAAAAAAAAAACAGAAAACUGGAGCUCAUAUUUUCGCUUUGAAAUAAAACGCCCGUCAGUUGCUAGCUAGUUUCUGUUGUUGACGAGAAACCUGUACGACUAAUACGACUAUUAAAUUACCGAAGCGUUUGCUUUUUCAUGUUGGAACCAGGAAAAUUUUGACAAUUACAUGUGCCGACUGUCUAUCCCAGGCAGCAGUUGUUGUUGUUGCCCAGACCCGAGAAUGUGCGCAAUCGUCGUUUCCAUCGCAGUUUUGAAAACACAAUCUGCGCACUUCACAGUGUAACUGUACUCGGCAAAAAGGCAAAAAAAUAAAACACCUUUAGUAUGUGGGGCUACUAAGCCCUUCGUAGCUAUACAUACCAAUAACCCCUCCGUACUACUUAGUUCCCUCUAAGUGCUAUUCUCCUAAUACUACUAAAAAAGGGUUCUUAGUAGUAUCUUAGUAGUAACUUAAAAUUUUGAGUCUUGCAAAUGGGAAACCUUUUGACCAAUGGGAGUGAGACUUUUUUCGACUAAUACGUGUCACGACACGUAUAGCUCAAACGGCCAAACGGGUGACGAUAUUCAAAUGGGUUGUCCUUUUUCUCUUGAAUCGAUACGAAACUGGCAUUACCUUAAUUAUCGAUAUACAAAGUCGUAAAUGGGUAUAAAAGGCGGCCCUUUCAGCGUUCAAAUUCUACUCUCCAAUCUGUCGAAAAUGAAAUUCUUUUCAAUUUUCUUCCUUCUACUCGUCUCUUUGGCUGUUGCCGUGGAGGCCCAAUCAGCCAAGCAACCCGUUAAUCGUUUGAAAUCCCGUAACCCGGCCGCCAUUUUAAAAGCGGAAAGGGCAAUUCGAUCGCUUCCAUCCAAAGGCAAAGCGUGUUUGGACCGAUUUUCAAUGGCGGCCAACGGGACGGUUCGUCCCACCAUUUCUAGUUCCAGCAACGGUCAAAGGCAGUGCAGCUUCUUCAUCAACGCACCCGCCAAUAAGCUCAUCCAGAUGAACUGCUCGGUCGUCAGACUAAAUAGUUCGGGCGCCGAAUUAGUUAUUUACGGAGGUGCCGAAAUCAACGUCAAUCCGCCCGUAGUCAAUCGCAUUUACACGUCAAGGAGCGACAGCAUGUUCCUGUUUUUCAGGGUGGACAACACGGACUGGUUCGACUGCAAAUGGACGACAAUUGCCGUCCCGCAAACAACUGAAUAUCAACUCUGUCGCGAUGGAACCUCCGCCACACCCAACGGGACAAUUCAGCGAUCAGCGGCGGACACCAGCACAGAUCCGAGAAUGUGCAUGUUUGUCAUUACCGUUCCUUCCGACCACCGAAUUCAGUUGAUGUGCUCCAACGUGACCCUCAGCAGCCCUGACAAUUAUUUACAGUUCCAAACGAUUUCCGAAACUGUGAUAGCCGAUCCACCUGCAAUGAAUCGGGUCUACACUUCGACCAGCGAAAUCAUUUACCUGUUUUCUCAAUUCAGCAAUCAAGACUCGUUUAAAUGCCAAUGGACGACGGUUAUGAUCCCACCACUGACAACUGAUAACAAACUCUGUCGGGAGAAAAUCACGAAAUCUGCCAGCGGAAACAUUCAACCGUUAAUGGCUAACGGCACAAAUGUUCAACCGAAUUCCUGUUCGUUUAUCAUCGAAGUGCCUCCUAAUCAAUUGACUGAGAUCUCUUGCCCAGUCGUUAAUUUUACUAGCCCAGGCAGUUAUUUGCAUUUCAGCGGAAUUUCUGAUUUAAACAUGGCCCUUACGCCUCUGGCCAACCGAGUCUACACUUCCGGCGUCGAUUUGAUUCAUUUGAAAUCUCAAAUUGAUGUCAAUAAAGAUUGGUUUAAUUGCACAUGGUCAGCUGUUCCGGCUCCAUCGACGACGGAUUUCAAACUCUGUCGCCAUGGAGGAACAACAUCGUCCACUGGGACCCUUCAACCAUUUUUGGAUGGUCUAACAACGGGAGAACCGAGAGAAUGUUAUUUCUUCAUUGAAUUGCCUUUGGAUGAACAAAUUGAGUUUUCGUGUUCAUCCAUGAACUUGUCAAGUCCUGGAAGUUAUUUGCGGGUCGUCGGUGUGUCUGAUUUUGACGAGAAUCCGCCCGUAGAAAACGGAAUUUAUUUGUCGAAUGGAACGAGCGUCCUUGUGUAUUCACAAUUCAACAACGGCGAUUGGUUCGAUUGCAUGUGGGCGUCAACAACUUGCCCUGUUCCAGUGACGACAGGCGCUGCAACUUCAACGGCAAGUACAACAGCAGUCACGACACCAGCGACUACACCAUCCACUACACCAUCCACUACACCAUCCACUACACCAUCCACUACACCAUCCACUACACCAUCCACUACACCAUCCACUACACCAUCCACUACACCAUCCACUACACCAUCCACUACACCAUCCACUACACCAUCCACUACACCAUCCACUACACCAUCCACUACACCAUCCACUACACCAUCCACUACACCAUCCACUACACCAUCCACUACACCAUCCACUACACCAUCCACUACACCAUCCACUACACCAUCCACUACAACAUCCACUACAACAUCCACUACACCAUCUACAACGACUUCAACAACACCCCAAACAACAACGAUUUCAACUACUACCACCGCACAGCCAACCACCUCAACAACUAGACCAUCAACUACGUCGACCACAACAUCUGCGCCAACAACAUCCACUACGACUUCAACUACACCCAAAACAACAACGAUUUCAACUACUACCACCGCAAAACCAACCACCUCAACAACAAGGCCAUCAACUACGUCGACACGGCCAACUACAACCAGUCGACCAACAACGACUACGGUCGAUCCUGUGACCUGCUCUCCUGAUGUCUGGACCAAAGGAACUCAAUCACCUUGCGGGACUUGUACGAUACUGUCGCCAACCAGCGGGACAAUCCAGUCUCUUAACUACCCCAAUGACUACACUGGUAGUUUGGACACCAACUGCAUGUAUUUCAUCACUGCACCACCGGGCAAGAGAAUCCAACUGACAUUCACCACGUUCGUCGUGGAACUAAAUUUGGACUUUAUCAAUGUUUUUGACUGGAAAACCCAAAUGAUUCUAGGGAAAAGACUAACCGGUCACGCCGACCCUUCUCCCAGUGUGACUCCCAGUACGUCUAAUAUGAUAGGAGCUCUGUUCAUUGCGGAUGGGAGAAAUAAUAAUAACAUUCCGACCGCUUAUGGGCCUGGCAGAUGGCAGGCGACAUUCGAGGUGGUAUAA